UUUUUGGACAUCAAACAUAAGCGUGUAUAUUUUGUCCUAACCCGUGUCUAACUCCUUUGCUUCAAAUAUCAAUUUCCAUUACGACAUUUCCACCCUUAUGUUUUCUCUCUCAAUUUUCUUGAUCUCUUUUGUUUGAAGUAUGUUUUUCAACAGUUAAAAACUACUCCUCCUCUCAUUUCCUCCUCCUCUCUGUUACACUUGUUCCGAUAACUGCACAACUUUUCUCUAACUUCAUACUCAACAUUCCAAUUGCAAUAUUUACAAGAUUUUAACAUUUUCUUUCCCUACAAAUCGCAUCAAGAAAAACGACGCAUAAUUACAAUUUAUAAUGUUGGGUAAAGGGUCAUUGCUAUUUUCUCUUGUAACUGUUUUCUUCAUUUUCUCUUCCUUUCUCUUUUCAUUUACCCUUGGAUGGGUUGAUUCUGAUUUUCAUACAUUCCAAACACCACCCAUUUCAGUUUUAGGUGAAAAUGGGGAAGGAACAACAAAAAGAUAUCUUGCUGAAAGUCCAAAUGGUGAACCUCCAUUGAACUCAUCACUUAUAUUGGCUGCUAAAAGAACAUAUAGAAAAGAUCCUUUUGAUAAUUUCAAGAGAUAUAAUGGAGGCUGGAAUAUCAGUGAGCGCCAUUACUGGGCUUCCGUGGCUUUCACUGCAGCUCCGUUCUUUGUCGUUGCACUGAUCUGGUUUGUGAUCUUCGGGCUGUGCUUAGUGUCCAUCUGUCUCUGUUACUGUUGCUGUAGAAGAGUACCUUAUGGCUACUCUCGAAUAGCUUAUGCUCUCUCCCUCAUACUCCUCAUACUUUUUACCAUUGCUGCAAUUGUUGGAUGUAUCCUUUUGUACAUUGGUCAGGGAAAGUUUCACAGCAGCACAGUUAACACGUUGGAUUACGUGGUCCAUCAGGCAAAUACCACUGCUAAUAGUCUCAGAAACGUCUCAGGUUAUCUAGCAGCAGCCAAACUUAUUGCGGUGGAUCAAGUUUUGCUUCCUGGUACAGUCCAAACAGACAUAGACCGCAUCCAAACCAAGAUUAAUUCUUCUGCUAAUACCCUUGCCAGUAAAACAUCAGAGAAUAAGGAUGACAUAGCACGUUUGGUAGAGUCUGUGAGAUUGGCGCUUAUCAUUCUAUCAGCCAUUAUGCUUCUACUGACAUUUCUUGGCUUUGUAUUUUCACUUUUCGGCAUGCAGGUUUUCGUUUACACCUUGGUUAUUUUUGGAUGGAUUCUUGUCACUGGAACUUUAAUCUUGUGUGGCAUAUUUCUUGUUCUCCACAAUGUGACUGCAGACACUUGUGUAGCAAUGAAUCAAUGGGUCCAACACCCUCUUGCUCAUACCGCUUUAGAUGAUAUAUUGCCGUGUGUUGACAAUGCCACUGCCCAAGAGACCCUUAUGAAAAGCAAAGAAGUCACUUCUCAGCUGGUCAAUGUUGUUAACCAGGUCAUUACAAAUGUGUCUAACAACAAUUUCUCUCCCAACUUUGGUCCUUUGUACUACAACCAAUCUGGACCUAAGCUGCCAACCCUUUGCAAUCCGUUUAACCCCGACUUGACUGAUCGAUCCUGUAGUCCUGGUGACGUGGACUUGAGCAAUGCAACAAAAGUAUGGAAGAAUUAUGUAUGUCAAGUUUCGUCAAGUGGCAUAUGCGCCACAACAGGCCGACUGACUCCAACCAUCUACAGCCAGAUGGCAGCUGCUGUAAAUGUGAGCUUUGGAUUGUACCAUUAUGGUCCAUUCCUGGUUGACCUAGAAGAUUGUGAUUUCGUUAGACAAACGUUUGGUGACAUAUAUCGUAUAUACUGUCCCGGACUUCAGCGUUACAGUAAAUGGGUAUACAUUGGUCUUGUGAUGGUUGGUCUAGCAGUAUUGCUUUCCCUCACAUUCUGGGUGAUAUAUGGGAGAGAGAGACAGCACCGUGUCUAUACAAAAGAGCACAUGCCGAAACCAGCUGGAGGAUAUGACGGGAACAAACCGAUUUACGAGUAGUUAGCUUUGCCUUUUUGUAAUGCUAGCUAGAGAUGUACUGUUGUGUAUUCUGUAUAUAGAGCCGAUGUGUGAUGGCUGUUCAUGGAGCUUAUGGUUAUACUGUAAGAUUAGGUUUCAUUUCUUGGGGUUGAACUAUCAAUCUGUACUAGUGUUAUUAACAGUGAUGAAAUGCAAACCCAGGAGUUAUUCAUGGGUGAUAUAGUACUAAAUACA